UUUGUAAACCCGACGAUCUUUAUUGGUUACUCCUGGUUCUCUGUAGGUCCUCUUGCAGAUUUCCUUCACUUAGUCAUUAUGUAUCAAAUUUGGCUAAUUCCUUUUCCUAUAUUCAGUUUGUAAAGCAUUCUCCCAAAACUUAACAUUGGCACAAUUAGAUGCCAAAUUAUUUCUGCAAAACCUGACUUUCUGGUGUACAGUUUGUCUGCAGUGAAGAUGCUGGAGAUUCUCAGGAUGCUGCAGCUCAGUCAGCAUCUAGAAGGAGAUCCAGGAGCUUUGCAGGGCACAGGAUCAGCUAGCAGAGAUCUCGCUGUCUGCAGGUGUCAGGCAGAAAGCAAGGAGCAGCCAGCACUCCUCUGCCUGGCAUGCAGAGCAAAACAGAGCUUCUAACCUGAAUCCAGGUGAUUUGCAAGACAGCCAGAUUCCAUGCAGCCUGCUGAGGAUGGCAUAUUGCAUUUUAGCAGCCACAGAAAUCAGAACCGUUUUUCUGCAGCUCUGAAACUGUCAGUGAGUGGUACGCAGGCUGAAGCCAAGCACCUUUCACAGCUCAGUGACCUGCAUCUUUAUCUUUAUAAAACAGUUCAUUAUCUUAUAUCAUUAUAAAACAGUUUCUGCUUUUUUUUCCUCUGGAAUUGACAGUCUACUUUUUUCAUACUCAGCAAAUUUUCUGGGAAUAUCCCCCUCUGUGCUGUUUUUACUGUUCUUAUUAACUUUCACCAUUUCUGCACUAAGUCACCUAUGAAGUGGAGGAGCAGGUUAGACAGCCAAGGCACCAACGUCUGUACGCUUCAGAUAAGAAAAUGAAGGCAAAUCAGAAAAGCAGGAUAAGAAAUUCUUUCUGUGCCUGUGUCUUGUUCAGUGAUACUGCAUUUCAACGUGCUUCAGAUCAAAGCAUUGUUAAAAUUCUGCUGGAUUUAGGCCUGACCUCCAGAACUUGAUGAGCACGACAGAGCGCUUAGUGUGGCUUUGGCUUCAUGUCUUUAAACUUGCAGGAUUUUGCUUUUGUUCGUCGUCCUGAAGUGUUGUUAUGAACCAACCUCUGGAAUUCACUUUCUCAUCUCUGGUCAAAAGUUAACCAUGGCCGGUUACUCUUCCAUGCUUGCUGUGUCCUUUGGCAGUAGAAGCUCUUCCUCCUUAUUGUUCUGCAUACUUUUUCUAGAACUGACCUGAUUACUUGAUUCCUCUAUUACUUGCUUUCCUAACCAAGGUCACUUUUCUCCGUUUCCCUGAGGAUUACAGCUCUGUCCAGCAAGGGGGAAUUCAGCCUGGGGAAGACCGGAGAAAGGACAAGUCUUGCUGCAGAUGAGGAUGUGGUGCCGGAGGCUGGCGUGCCUGCUCAGCGUGCCUUGCCAACACACCAGACGUCACUGGCUGGGGCUGUCCUGCGGCAGGAGGACCUUCACUGCUGCUGUGGCUCGCUGGCAUCACACAGCCCCAGAGUCCCUCAGCUGUGCCUGGCAGUUACACGGUGAUCAUUUAGAGCUCAGGUAUGCAAACACCUUGAUGCGCUUUGAUUUCGUCUGGCUGCGGGACCACUGCCGCUCAGCUUCCUGCUACAACGCCAAGACAAACCAGCGCAGCUUGGACACGGCCAGUGUGGACCUCAGCAUCAAGCCCAAGGCUGUCCGAGUGGAUGAGACCACGCUUUUCCUCACGUGGCCGGAUGGACAUGUUACACGGUAUGGGCUGCAGUGGCUGGUGAAGAACAGCUACGAGGGGCAGAAGCAGCAGGUCAUGCACCCACGGAUCCUCUGGAAUGCAGAAAUCUACCGCCAAGCCCAGGUCCCCUCUGUUGACUGCCGGAGUUUCCUGGAGACGGACGAGGGGCUGAAGGAGUUCCUGCAAAACUUCCUUCUGUAUGGGAUUGCUUUUGUUGAGAAUGUCACUCCCACCAAAGAGGACACACAAAUCUUAGCAGAAAGGAUCAGUUUAAUCAGGGAGACCAUCUAUGGCAGAAUGUGGUACUUCACCUCUGAUUUCUCCCGGGGCGACACUGCCUACACAAAACUGGCUCUGGAUCGGCACACUGACACAACCUACUUCCAGGAGCCCUGCGGCAUCCAAGUGUUUCACUGCCUCAAGCAUGAGGGGACAGGAGGGCGUACACUGCUGGUGGAUGGCUUCUAUGCAGCGGAGCAGGUUCUCCGGCAAGCACCUGAUCAGUUUGAGCUGCUAAGUAAGGUGCCACUGAAGCAUGAGUACAUUGAGAAUGUGGGAGAUUGUCACAACCACAUGAUCGGAGUUGGGCCGGUCCUCAACGUCUAUCCCUGGAACAAUGAGCUUUACCUGAUCAGAUACAAUAACUAUGACCGUGCAGUCAUCAACACUGUGCCUUAUGAUGUUGUGAAUCGUUGGUACACUGCUCACCGCACACUCACCACUGAGCUCAGGAGACCGGAGAAUGAACUGUGGGUCAAACUGAAGCCAGGCAAGGCGCUGUUCAUCGAUAACUGGCGUGUGCUGCAUGGGCGGGAAGCCUUCACGGGGUACCGCCAGCUGUGCGGCUGCUACCUGACGAGGGAUGAUGUGCUCAACACCGCUCGCCUGCUGGGGCUGCAAGCUUAGCCUGGUCAUCUGCUGUGCAGAGGCAGACAGAGCUCUGUGCUGGUGCGUCACCACAACCACGUUGCACAUACCUCAGACACCUCCGCCCUCUCUGAGCAGUUCUCUCUCUGCCCGUGUGGGAGAGGGAGCAGGUGGAAGCCAAAGGUUAUGGGAGCUUUAUGGGACUGUAUUCUGCCUUCCUCUGAGCUUGGUCAGCUCUCGCUGUCUGUGCACUCAGCCUGGCCUUCUCAGCCGGCCGCUUUGUCUCGGCUCUGGUGAACUGGGGCUAAUCACACUAUGAGAAGUGCUCCUCCAAUCAAGUGCCUUCAGAAUCUGAAAUCUGUUUCUCCCUGUUGUUUGGUCUUUUAUGUCAGUUACCACGUUUGUUUAUUUGGCAUAACAGCAGAAUGGAUAUAUCUGGGAUCUUGUUUUACCUCAGGCCAGAUGCCUUCUUGAGAAAAAGGAAGUCACUGUUGAAAGUGCCACUACUUAAACUGAGGGCUGUUGGCAUGUAUCUGUGACUUCUUUCCUCUUAAACAAGCUGUGUACCCCUAUCUGACGGGCUCUGCUACAAGCAGUGCUGCUUGAGAGUUGGCCUGGAAAGCCAAGCUCAUAUAGCUAAGGUACCUCUAAAGGUUUAGGUAGACAGAAAAGGGAAAGUAGUGAGAUCUGCACAUUGGAAAGGAGAGGUGGCUUUGGAUGAGGAGUUUCCCACUCUGCCUGCUCUUCUGGCUUUCUUGAAGAAGGAAUUUUUGUUAGAGCAUCUUUACACUGGCUGCUGGAUGAGGCUGACUAUUUUUUCCACCAGAUUUUCCUGCAUAUGAAGGUAAUGAACACAGAGAUAGCUUUCAACUCCUGGUAGCAGGAAGGUAAAUUUGUAGAGUGGCACUGAACAACCACAGUGGAAAUCUCUUUUUAGGUUAUAUUUUUAAUUCUUCCGUAUUUUUGGGGGAGGUAUUUGCUCUGGUCUGACUGGACCCUAAAACAUGGUCCUGUUCACUUCUGGCUUUCAUGUAUGAGGAAGAUGCUGUUAUGCCUAAAGUAUAAAUGGGGUGCAGAUGCCAAACCCGCUGCCUUCGUUUAAUCUAAAUAUUGAAUGUAUACAUCUUGGUGUUAGGAAGCACUCUUAAAAGCUUCUGUUCCUCUGGACUUAUGCUGUCAUUUGCAGUGAGACACUACUCCAUCAGGAGUUGAAAGGGUUUCAGAGUGAAGGCUGAUGUGAAGCUGUGUAUUGGAGGAUACAUAAAGAAGUGAAACAUGAGCAAUGGCAGCAGGCUUGAAGGUGAGCUGGCUUCUGUCAAGUGUGUCUUCCAAGGCUUGUGAGCAGCCUCAGACAUGGGCAGGCACUUGAGGUUUCCUAUAGGCUAAGCCAGUGGGUUCCUCAAGCAGCCUGCAUCAUGCAUUGCUUCUGUUAUUUCUUUUCCAAAUAUUUGGGUUAAAGGUUCUCCAGCAUAACUAAGUGUGAAGCUUUGCAGAUCUUCAUUAACCACACGGAAGUAGCAAGCCCCUGUGGUUACACCUGCUUCUCACACAACCCAUCUCACGUGCUCUGGGGUUGCUCCACUUUGUACUUCUGGGUGAAGCUACGACCUGGAACAUGUUGGGGAGAGGUCAUGACAAAAUCAUCUCUGUGUUAAUUGACCCUGGGAGGGGGACAGAGGAACCUGAUCAGUGUUUCAGAACAUGUUAGAGAUUUCUGAGCUCUUCUUGUCUCCUUGUGUUCCCAGGAUCAGAGUAAAAGCACUUGGGUUAAUGUGGGACUCAUCGCUUAGUUGAUGAAAUGAGCUUUACUUCCCAGUUUUAUCAGCUGCAAGCCAAAAAUCUGCCAGUACUCUGAGCUGGAGAGUGCAGGUCUAUGGCUAGCACAAGGGAGAACUGACUCAAAAUAUAUUGACAAUUGUAGUGAUACAGGUGCCUUUCUGAUGAAGAAUGUGGUGAUCGUAGCUCUGUCUCCCACUGAGCAGUGUGGAGCUGCCAAGAGCUGUGGUCUUCAGCCACCAGCCUCCUUUUUGAGCCAUCUCCAAGCCAGCACACUCCUUGAGGUGAUCAUGUACUGUGUUUUGGGGGGACAUUUUUCACCAUGAAUGUAGCAGAAACACAUUUCUUCAUAGGUGUUGUUCAAUUCAGUUUAGCCAUUUCAUAAGAAAAUGGGGAGGGAGCUUUGUUUAAUCUCGUGCUCCACCUCUUCCUCGCUUCCUGAGUGGACUGUUAUUCCUAAGCAUCUUGUGAUCAUCAAGGCUUUAUUUGUAGAAACAGGGCUUCUUGGCAACUGCAGUCUGUCUGAUAUGGACAUCUGUUGCGUCGUGUUAUGGAACAGGUGGUUUGCUCUAAUGGUAUCAGAUCAAUUUUUGUAAUUAAGCUUUACCAGUUCUUUCAGGCAAUAAAUGAUGAACUGCUUCUUUCUCCCUCCCACCACACAAGGGCUCCACUGUAUGUGUUUUUGAAACAUUUCCCAAAAGUAAAAAAUGAAGUGAUGACGUACUAAAUGAAUUAUAAAGUGGUCAGGUUACAAGACGUCCAUGCCUAGCAAUCAUGAACUGGAUAAGUGCAUUACCCAUCAAAGUUGGAAUAAAUCUGAGAAGGGUAAAUCAA